UAAAUGGUGAAAUCAAAUUGAUCUUGGGAGGAUCUGAUUUUCGCAAGCGCAGACCACGCUCAUGUGACAACACGCAAAAAAUGGCGACUGAAAAUUUCGUGGAAUUCUUGAACAAACUCAAGGAAAUGCAUGAGAAGGAGGUCCAAGGCCUGCAGACAAAACUGAACGAGCUAACCAAUGAGAAGUGUCGAGAUACCCAGAGAAUAGAAGAGCUCUUCGCCAAAAACCACCAGCUACGAGAACAGCAGAAAGUCCUUAAAGACAAUGUGAAGGUGUUGGAAAACAGGUUACGAGCUGGUCUCUGUGACAGAUGCCAAGUUACUCAAGAGCUUGCGAAGAAGAAGCAGCACGAAUUUGGGAAGGCCCAUUUCCAGAGCCUCCAACACAUCUUCAUCCUCACUAAUGAAUUGAAUAAGAUGAGGGAGGAGAACAAGAGACUGAAGGAAGAACUGAAGCGGUUCUGCAGCAUGGAGGGCAGGCCAAAGCCCCCAAGGGUGUUAUCCAGAGAUGGGAGCUCCACCCCAGAAUCACCUUUGCCCUUGCUGUCCCCACGGAACCGAAAAUCUAGCCCUGAGAAAGCUGCGAGUCAUGAACUAGAAGAUACGUAUAAUCACUUUCCAAGACAGAGAAGAUCUCCAGGUAUCAGGAUGUCUCCAAACACCAUUUUCCAUGGAGAAUAUGUUCCAGAGAUGGCUUCUCAGAGGAUAGCAAACCAGCUGCAUGGAACAGUUGCCUUAUUGAGUCCCGGCUCCAGGUCCAGCUCUCAGGAUAGAGACUGUGCAGGAAAUGCGAGCCCGCCCCCUGCGAGCAAAACUCCGCCCUCCCCUCAGCUGGCUCCAAGUCCCACCUUUGAAGUUUAUUCAAGAGCAAACAAAAUAGACUCCCGGGAACUUAUGUCAUCCUAUGAAUCCCUGAAGCUUGCCGCGAGGAAGGAGCAACUCUGCCUCCUCAACCAACACUUCGCCCUCCACCAUCUCGGCCUUCGGAAAAACUCCGGAAUCCGGGACAGCCCUUUCCCCCACCACUUGUUCGUGGCCAGGGAAGUGGGAGGCAAAACACGGCCGCAGGAUGAGUGGGAAGACCAGGCCUCCAUCUUGGAUCUCCCAGGCGCCGUGGUGUACAUGAAGGACCAUCAUCUGGAGAGCAGGCUCCCGUUCCUGAAUCACCAAGAGAAGCUCCGGUAUCUCCUGGCACAACAACAAGAGCUGAAGGCCAGAAUGGAGGUCAGCUUCGGCCCUUCCCAAGACAGAUCCCCCUCCCCAUCCGUGGCAGCACACAAGCCAUGCAAAAAGGAAAAGCUGUCUUGGGAAGAUCCUGCCGAUGGGGCCAAAGAGAAACGUAUCCUGACUCACAGCGAAGACCUGGAGCAAACAGAAAAGGCAGAGGCCAUGAGGGAGUAUCUCACCACCGAAGCACCCCUGGACCUAUCGGAUUAUGGAAGAGGAAGGGAGAACCAGAAGGGGGCUAUAUGGCGACAACUCCCCAUGAAACAGGAGGCUGAGAGUCCCAGCCGAGAGCUGCGAGGAAGCCCUACUCUUCAGAAGACUUGCUCCUCCAGCCAGCCCCAAGUAGUGAGGCUUCUCCAGGAGAGCAAAGAGUCAGAGAAGCUCGUUAGCAAAGCCGAAGAGGACAUAGCAGCAUCUUUGAUCUCUGUGGUACAAGAAUUUCCCAUCUCCAAGAUGACUUCAAGCGAUCUGGCUGCUGAUCUAGACACAAAGAUGCCUUUUGGCACAGAGAAACUAGAAACAGAUGAACCAGAUGAUGCCGAUUCGGAAUCCAUGACGGAGGAGUCUGAUGAGCCCAACACAUCCGACAGUGAGGUGACUGGUACAGGGAACGAUGAAAGCUUCCCAGGUGCUUCUGUGAAAGGAAAGUAUUGCGGCGUAAAGGAACUGCCAAAGAAGCGGAAACGGGGACAGGAUUCGUGGCCCGAAG